AUGGCAACGGCCGCCGCCAUCCCCGACGCCGUGCUGCGCGCCGUCCACGUCUCCGACCAGGCCAUGUACCCGGUGGCGCUGCCCUACGCGCGGCUGCGGACGUGGGUGGACGCGUGCCCGGAGCUGUCUGUCUGUUUCCGCGAGGGUGGUAGCAACGAUGGUGGUGGAGGAGGAGGAGGCGGUGGUGGUGGUAGCGGUGGUGCGGCUGUUGCGGAUGCUGUGAUGGGGGUGGUUAUUGUGUUGCCGUUGCGGAAGGGGUGCUGGGAGGAUUUGUUGAGUGGUCGGCUUAAGGAGCCGGAUAUUGAGCCGGGGAGUGCGUUUCCGGGUUCUGGGCUGGGGGGCUGUGGUGGUGAUGAGGGUAGUGAUGAGGGUGGUGAUGGGGAGGGAAAGGAGGAGGUGGGCCUGCAUGUUUAUCAUAUUGAGAGGUUUGAGACGGGGUGUGGAGGAGCAGGGAAGAAGGGGUUUUGCGAGUUUGCUUUGGGGGAAGUGAUGAGGAGAGUACAAGCUCGACCGGGCUGGAAGGUGGUGGGAAUGUCAGCCCUUACUGCCACGCCGACGGGGAAAAGGGCGUUCGAGAGACUCGGUUUCACCCCGACAGGCUACAGAGAGCUGUUCGUGGUGAAGGCUCCCGAGGAGACAUCGCCAACCAGCAUUGGUAAGGAGGGGUUGGAUAUGGUAUGCCUCUACCCCGGCGACGAGAGGCAAGUUGUCACGCUCGCCAGUGCAGGUGACACUGUUUCAGUGUCCGAGAUGACAGUAAACUACAAUAUAUCGCCCGACACAGGCCACACUUAA